UUCGAGAUGGGGUCACGAGAAGUAGUAAUGCGGGAUCUGAUACAUCCAAAACGCCUCAAAAUUAUACUGGCACCAUUUUCAAACUGUGGGAAGAAAUUGAUACAUUAUUCAACGAGAAAAAGCGUGUCGAAAAGCGGUCCAUGGCAAGGCUAUACCCCAAGGUAGCUGAAGAAAUCCGAACCCUUGUUAUCAAUCAUAAGAGGGGGGUAGCAAUCAGUGAUGCCACCAUUAGGAAUUUUCAUAAAAAAACGACUAAAAACCCGAAAGAAGAGACAUUGGACGCAUUAAAGUUAUGGGUAUCGAAACAGAAUGGGGUGAUAGAUACUGAACCGGAAAGUGAGGAGGGAGAAAAUAGUGAUAGUGAUGGACCUAGUGGGACGAGAGAAUAG